ACAACGAAAACCGAAACAAUUAACCAAAAACCUGUACUAAGCGCAAAGUAGGAUAGAGUGUUACUUCAAUUUUUUUUGCUUUGCACGGCUGCAGAAACCCACUCAUCAGUUCAAUCCUCGACAUCUGAGGCGCUGCAUUGAUUCCCUUGCAUUCUGUAGACAGAGUUAAAAACAAACAUAUUAUCCUUGUUAUUUACAUUCAUAAAGCAAUGGCUUCAGAACAGCCGACAGCAACGCAGUCGUCGUUUGAUGAACAUGGUUCACAACAACAGCAACAAGCAUCUCUUACAGAAUCACUGCUGAACCAUCCAUCGCAAACGAAAAUGUCAAACUUGACAAAACAUUUGAUGAGUUCUUCCACCAAUAAUUCCCUUUCCAGUGGUUCGCCCUCGUCGUCGAUGCCACCACCCCCAUCCUAUACCAGCAUCUCAUCACCUCGUAACUUUGCAGACAAUGACAACCCGUUACCAGGACCUUCCACCCAGUUUGCAUCAUUCCCGGGCCAUCUCCAAGGAUCGUCCAAUCCUUCGGGAACCAGUGCUUAUUUCCAACAACGACAUAGCUACAGUAACCCGCAACAACAAGGUCCUGUUCUGGUUCCAGUCCCAUCCAAUUUCAUUCCAUCUACCCAUAACACGCCAACAAUGGUCAACUCUUCGUACUCAUCGAACCAUUCGUUCACCCCACAUUCUGGUAACCAUUUCCAACAAUAUCAACAUCCACCCCCACAACAACAUAAUUUACAACAACAACAACAACAACACCAGCAAUUCUCAACAGGAAGUUAUAAGCCCAUGACGCUUUCUCAAGGAGUUCCAACUACAAACCUUUCUAUGCAUUCAGCAAAUCCUGGUCCUUCUUCUGUGUCGGCAGCAACAUUUUAUCAAAACCCUGUAUCGGGAAACCAACCGAGAUUUGCAUCUUCAUUUCCAAACUCUGGAGGUUUUAAUUCUGAUCUGAAUGCAUUCAAUCAUUUGAAUAGAAUCCCAACGUAUCAGGAUCAAUCUCCACUUGGCAAUGUUCAUCAUGCCGCCAAUGACAAUAUUUCAGGAGGAGUAGCCGGUACUGGUACUGGUUCCACUCCAAGUGUUUCGAAUAUGUCUGUUGGGUCCGGUUCUGGUUCCAAGUCCGGUGCUAGAUCUGGAACAGAUUCAGUCUCUGGUUCUAGUGGACAAGCACCAGAGUUUUAUCUGUUUACUGAACCAGACCAUUACAUGACUUAUAAGGAAUUUCUUGAAAGUUUAAAUGCAAAAGAUGCUGAAGCAUCAGAAACCGCUAGUCGACAAUCUGGAACAGCACCAAUUCAACCGGAAGAACAUUUGAAUAUCACUGAAUAUUCAAUCAAUGACUUGAUUAUGAUGUUAUCAUGUUUACUUACCAAGAUUGUUGAAGCUAAUGAUAAAUUACAUCCAAAUCAUUUUGAUAAUACUAUAGCAGUAAGACAAAAGACUAAAGAGGAAAAAAGAAUUCGAAAACUUAAUCGACAAAAAUUAAAACGUGAAUCUGAUGAAAGAGAACAUGGAGAAUCAUUUAAAGAUGAAAGUUUUAUUGAUGAAGAUGAUGACUCUGAAGAUGAAGAAGAUGAUGAUGAUGAAAUGAAAAAUAAAUAUCUUGCAAAUGUAUUGGCAUUCCAUGGGAAAAACAUUCCCGGAAUUUCCUUACAUGCUUACCUAACUAGAGUAUUAAAGUAUUGUCCUGUUACCAGUGAUGUUUUCCUUUCAUUAUUAGUCUAUUUCGAUCGAAUUGCCAAGAAGGCCAAUAAUUUGAAGAGAAGUAGAAACAAGGAUGGUGAAGAAAAUGAUGAUGGUACAUCUGAACAACUUUUCGUUAUGGAUUCAUAUAAUAUUCACAGACUUAUAAUUUCUGGUAUUACUGUUUCAUCGAAAUUUUUCUCUGAUAUAUUUUAUAAAAAUUUGCGGUAUGCAAAAGUUGGAGGGUUACCAUUAGAGGAACUCAAUUAUUUGGAAUUACAAUUUUUACUUCUUCUUGAUUUUAAACUUAUGAUUUCGGUGGAAGAUCUUCAAAAUUAUGGUGAUUUAUUGCUUCGAUUCUGGAAACGGGAACAAGUAACCAAUGAAUUAGUCCAUGGUGGAAAUCCGGGGAACUUUGAACAAGCCCAACAGCAACCACCUCCACCUACACAGUCUGAUGAUUCGCAGAACCAAUCUACAUUCUUACGUUCUGAUUGA